CCCACAUCAAGGUCUUAAAAUGGCCGGCCUUUGCUCUCCAUUUAUCUUCGAGAUCAACCAAAGGCUAAUUUUUGCUUGACAACCUCACAUAAACGAAAAGAAAAUAGCCCACAAAAAUUGGGGAAAAAUAUAUUGGAAAAGGAAAAAUGGGAAGAUCACCUUGUUGUGAAAAAGCACACACAAACAAAGGAGCAUGGACUAAAGAAGAAGAUGAUCGGCUAAUUGCUUAUAUAAGGGCUCACGGCGAAGGCUGCUGGCGUUCGCUGCCUAAGGCCGCCGGACUCCUCCGCUGCGGCAAGAGCUGUCGCCUCCGGUGGAUCAAUUACCUACGGCCUGACCUCAAGCGUGGCAAUUUUACUGAAGAAGAAGAUGAACUCAUCAUUAAACUCCAUAGCCUUCUUGGCAACAAAUGGUCUUUGAUUGCUGGAAGAUUGCCUGGGAGGACAGAUAACGAGAUAAAGAAUUACUGGAAUACCCAUAUCAGAAGGAAGCUUUUAAACCGGGGAAUUGAUCCGGCGACCCACCGGCCGGUUAACGAUAAUCCUACGAGUCAUCACACUAACACAAACGCCACCGCUACUACCACUGCCACCGCCGCCAACAUCAACAACAAUAAUUCAUCACUUGAUGUCGGCACCACCACCACAACCACCAUAUCUUUUGCAAACGCUACUCCAAUUACUCACCUUGUUAAAGAAGAAGUGGAGGAUGAAGCCAAGCAUAAUUCUGACGGAGGAGACCGCCGGAAAAUCAAGAACACGUUGCCGGAGAUUCAAGAAAGAUGCCCGGAUUUGAAUUUAGAGUUGAGAAUCAGCCCACCUCAUCAUCAUCAACAACAACAAAACAACAGCUCAUCAUCAUCCUCCUCAUCAUCAUACAUACAACCACAAAUCCAACAUGUUAAUUUCCACCAUCACCACCAUCAGCAGCCAUUAAAGACAGGAGGAAGAACUUCAAGCUUUCCUUCAGGUACUACCAUAUGCUUUGCAUGCAGUUUAGGUAUAGAGAAUAGCAAGGAGUGCAGUUGUACCACAAGUCUUAAUGGUACAAGCAGUAGCAGCACCGGGUAUGAUUUCUUAGGUUUGAAAACUGGUGUUUUGGACUACAGAAGCUUAGAGAUGAAAUGA